CUGAACUUAGCCAAAACUCUCUGGCGAGGCGCCCUGGCGUCUCCAGGAAACCUGUAAGCCCUCCCACCCCUUUCGGCAUUGGCUCACGAAGCCUCCAAUGGACGCACCGGGAGCUUCCCGCCACGCCUGGCGCCGGCUUUCAAACAGCCGGACGCGUGCAGCUGCGGGCGACCUCUCAACCCAGCUUGAGGAGGGCGGAGACGCGCGCUCCGCCUGGCCCCACCCUGCAGGCCAGGCUCUAGGCGGUGAUUGCAGGAGGCGGCUGCUCUUCACGGGCCUCGUGCCUCCGCGUUCGGUUGUGACUAGGAAGGAGCUGGCUGAUUUUAGGGCUGGGGAAGGGGGUUUGCCAGAAGUUGGUCUUGGGCUGGGGCCAGAGUUUUCCCGCAGUGACAGCGUCCGUGGCCUCCGGAGGACCAUGUCGCUAGAUUUUGGUAGUAUGACAUUACAGACACAAAACGAAGAUGAAGAAUAUGACAAAGAAGACUAUGAAAGGGAAAAAGAGUUGCAGCAGCUGCUCACCGACCUUCCUCAUGACAUGCUGGAUGACGACCUCUCCUCCCCGGACUGCAGUGAAGACGGCCUGGAGGGACAACUACCCCAUUCUGAGCAGUUGGAGGCGGGUUGGAGUGAGCAUCAAGUGCUGCCCAAAUCACAAAAUGUAAAUGUGAGUGUCGGGUGUGCUGAUGGCUUUGGUGAGCACGCAAACAGAUCUUGGUGCUUUUGUUCUGUUCUUCUAAUUGUGACUCAUGAAAUGCAGGGCUUGUAUGAAAGUCGAAGUAAAAAUGAAGACCAACCCCUGGAGUAUCAUCUCGAGGAAGGCGGAGAUGAAGGUGGCAGUGGUUACAGUCCUCCAAGUAAAUACGAAGAGACUGACUUAUAUCGCCUUCCUGAGAGCUUCAGGCCGUUCAGUGGUCAGAAGCAGGAAUUUAACAACCAGCCGACCAACGUGAUUACCUUUUCAGAUCCUCAAAGGAACCAUUUUCAGAGUCCCAGUUGCCCAGCUUUGGAAACAUAUAAAGUGACAUACAAACCUUUUCAGAAUUCUUCUGCCCAGAAUAAUGGUUCACCAGCCGCAGAUAUGGCAAGAAGUGACCUAUUUGAAGGGCUGCAACAACAAUUUUUAGGUGUUAAUGAAAGAGAUUCUGCAGAAAAUAUGCAGAUUAUCCAACUUCAAGUUCUUAAUAAAGCAAAAGAGAGACAACUAGACAACUUAGUUGAAAAGUUAAACGAAAGUGAACGUCAGAUUCGGUAUCUGAACCACCAGCUUUUGAUAGUCAAAGAUGAAAAAGAUGGAUUGAACAUCAGCCUUCGGGAAUCCCAGAAACUCUUUCAGAAUGGAAAAGAAAGAGAGAUGCAGCUUGAAGCACAAAUCAAAACACUGGAGACCCAGAUACAAGCCUUAAAAGCCAAUGAAGAAAAGAUAAUCAAGAAAUCCAGGACAACGGAAAUGGCUCUGGAAAGCUUGAAGCAGCAACUGGUUGAUCUGCAUCAUUCCGAAUCACUUCAGCGAGCCAGGGAGCAGCACGAGAGCAUUGUCACGGGCCUCACCAAGAAGUAUGAAGAGCAAGUGUUGUCCUUGCAGAAGAACUUGGAUGCUACAGUGACCGCACUGAAGGAGCAGGAAGAUGUUUGCUGUCACUUGAAAGAUCAUGUAAAGCAAUUGGAAAGGAAUCAAGAAGAAAUCAAAUUAGAGAAGACUGAAAUCAUCAACAGGUUGACCAGAAGUCUAGAGGAGAGUCAAAACCAGUGUGCGCACUUGCUGCAGUCGGGCUCAGUCCAGGAGGUGGCACAGCUACAGAUGCAGCUGCAGCAAGCACAGAAGGCUUAUGCUCUGAGCGACAGCAUGAACAAGGCUUUGCAGGAAGAAUUAGCAGAACUAAAAGAAGAAAUAUCUCUUUAUGAGUCGGCUACAAAACUAGGAGUACUUCCAGCUGAUUCAGAAGGAGAAUUAAAUAUAGAACCCAGUGAAUCCUAUGUGGAUUUGGGUAUUAAAAAAGACAACCUGAAGAAAGCCCAAGUGAACAGCAUGGUGCCGCAGGGAGACCCAGGCGAAGCGCUUUCGAAAGAUGAGGUUAUCGUGAAGUUGAAAGCAGAAGUCCAGCGUCUGCUGGGGAGCAACUCAGUGAAGCGUCAGCUCGUGGCCCAGUUACAGUGCGACCUCAGGGGCUGUCACCAGAAAAUCCAACAACUCCAGCAACUGAAGAAGGAUGAGAAAAGCAGUGGCGCUGAGACUAACACAGAUGAAAAACCAACUCCUCAGUUAUGGUGUGAACCCUCUACAUGUGAUAAGACCGUCAGAGAUGAUGUUUUGCAACUUAAAAAUGAAAUCCAAGUUUUACAACAACAAAAUCAGGAACUUAAAGAAGCUGAGGACAAAUUGAGAACUACAAAUCAGGAUUUAUGCAAUCAAAUGAGGCAGAUGGUACAAGAUUUUGACCGUGAUAAACAAGAGGCUGUGGACAGGUGUGAGAGGACGUACCAGCAGCACCAUGAAGCCAUGAAAGCCCAGAUCCGUGAGAGCCUCCUGGCGAAGCACGCCUUGGAGAAGCAGCAGCUGUUUGAGGUUUAUGAAGGGAAACACUCGCAACUGAGGUCUGACUUAGACAAGAUCCAUAAGGAGAUGGCUGCCGUGCAGGAAUGUUACCUAGAAGUGUGCAGAGAGAAGGAUCAUCUAGAAGUGACCCUCAGGAAGACCUUUGAAAAGGAGCAAGAGGCCCAAGAGAAGAAGAUCAAACAAAAACUCAUCCAACAGCUUGAAAAGGAGUGGCAGAGUAAGCUGGAUCAAACUAUAAAGGCCCUGAAAAAGAGGACCUCCGAGUGUGGGAGCCAGACCGACCACGGAGCCACCCUUGAUGUGAUUUCCAAGAAGGAGAUGGCAGGCAUGAUAGAAGAACAGAAGCAAAAGAUCCAGCAAGACUUAGAACACGAGAAAGAAAUAGCCAUCAAGGGGGCGUUGAAGAAACUUGAGAUUGAAUUGGAACUCAAAUAUUGUGAAAAUAUUGCCAAACAGGUGGAAACAGCUGUGCAAAAUGCUCGUAAUCGGUGGCUGGAAGAGCUGCCUGAGCUUGCGGAGUAUAAAACACGUGUCAGAGCAGAGCAGAAGAAGUGGGAGGAGCAACAAGAAGUCGCCGUGGCCAAGCGGAUAUCACUCGCUGUUUGCGAAGCUAAAGAGAACUGGAAAAGUGAGCUGGAAAAUAUGAAGAACCAUAUACUGCCCGGAAAGGAGCUGGAAGAAAAGAUUCAUUCUCUUCAAAAGGAGCUCGAGUUAAAGAACGAGGAAGUCCCUGUAGUUCUCAGGGCUGAGCUGGCAAAGGCUCGGAGCGAAUGGAAUAAAGAAAAGCAAGAAGAAAUCCACAGACUUCAAGAACAAAAUGAGCAGGAUUACCGACAGUUCCUAAAUGAUCAUCGGAAUAAAAUUACCGAGGUCCUUGCAGCAGCCAAAGAAGACUUUGUCAGACAGAAAGCUGAACUGCUGCUGCAGAAGGAGACAGAACUACAGGCAUGUCUGGCGCAGAGUCGCAGAGAGUGGACCGUGCAGGAAGCCCGGCGGAUGCAACUGGAAGUCUACCAGUACGAGGAGGACCUCCUCACUGUGCUGGGCUUCCUCUUACGGGGUGCUCAGGAGUACGUCAGCGGCUCCCAGGACAAGCAGCUUACAGAAAUCAUGUCCGUUUGUUCCUCCAAAUGGGUGUCUGUGCAGUAUUUUGAAAAGCUGAAGGCCUGCAUACAGAGAGCGUUUCAAGAUACAUUUUCCCUCCUUGUUGACAAUACCAGCCUGGAGUGGGAAAAGGGGAGCAUGGCUAAAAUCUCCACAGACGCUGCCAAGGAUGGCACUGGCAGAGGAGCCCCAGCAGCCCUUCCCAUGUCUAUGUGUGGACGCCGUGCUCAGCCAUUGCCCUGGCAAGAAGUGGAACCAGCAGCAGAAACUGACCUUCCUACCUCGUUACCAGGUGGGUGCUCAGUGUCGUGUUAUAAACAGGAAUCUCCAUCUACCUGUCUGUCUUGCCUAUUUACCAACCUUCCUACUCAUCCGUCAAAUCAUUCGGGAUUACUGAUGUUCUAUAAGAAAAAGAGCCAUGAAAUUAAAGAUCUGUGCUGUGGACCCUGCUUUCAAGAACUUGGAAAGGCAAAGCAGGAAUGUCAAGAUCUGAAAAGAAAACUGGAGACAUGCCGUAGGCAUCUUCAGCAUUUAGAAAGGAAGCACAAGGCUGUAGUGGAAAACAUUGGAGAAGAGAACAACAAAGUCGUUGAAGAAUUAAUAGAAGAAAACAAUGACAUGAAGAGUAAGCUGCAAGAAAUGCAAGCACUGUGUAAAGCACCACCAAGGUCUUUGUCAGAAGGGGCUGUUGAAAAUCCUUGCCCGCCGUGCAAUGUUGAAGCCUUGGAAGAACUCCGUGGACAGUACAUAAAAGCUGUAAAAAAAAUCAAGCGUGACAUGCUGCGUUACAUUCAGGAGAGUAAGGAAAGAGCUGCGGAAAUGGUCAAAGCGGAGGUGUUGCGAGAACGCCAAGAUACCGCCCGCACGAUGCGCAAGUAUUAUUUGACUUGCCUCCAACAGAUUCUGCAGGAAAAUGGAGAAGAAAGGGCUGAAAAAAGGAUUAUGAAUGCUGCUAGCAAGCUCGCUACAAUGGCAAAAUUGCUUGAAACGCCUAUUUCUAAUAGAUCCCAGAGCAAACUUGCACAGUCAGCACUACCCCCUGCUUCAGAGAUGCUGACUGGUGAUGAAAAAUCAAAAAGAAAUGAAGUGCAUCAGAACGCAGCACAUUGCAUUGAAAGAUCAAACAGCGUCAAAACCAUCCCCAGGAGUACGUGUGAGCAGGCUACUCAGAGGAGGGCUGCUUGUGACUUACGAAGGCGAUUAGAGGCCUCAGAGCACCGGGACACACAGCACGCGGGUCCCAAAGGCUCCCACUCAGACUUUCAGUUUGGGGACAGCAGCGGCAAGCACCUACAUGUUUUGCCCAAGAACGUUCCUCCCGAGCUUGUUCCCCGUGAAGGAGAAGGUUUUGCUUUGCACCAGAAGGCAGACCUCCUCCGUGAUGGCCCUGAUUCUGGCUCACCUCCGCCAGCAGCCACACACUCCUUUCCUGGAAACUUUGGAAAUAAACCCUCACCUAGAUGUACCCCUGGUCUUCCUGAAUCAGGAUCCACACAUACCACCAGCUCUCAGAGUCCGAAGGAAAGGCCUGGCUGCAAAGUGCAAACACGGAGUUCACUCACAGAGGGUGAAAAGACCGUAUCAGAACCAAGUCACAGUGCGGGUGUGCGGGAACGCCCGGUCAAAGAUGGCAGGAACCUCCAUGACUCCUUGGGCUGGCAUUCCAAGAGUGCAACUUUACCCUGUGCUGGUCCUGAAAUGUCUUUCUCAAGUGGGAGGUCGCAGGACACUUUGGAUGUACCAGGUGAAUCUGUUCAUUCCAACCAGUUUUCAGCAACCAGUUGUCUUUCAGAUACAGAGAAACAUAAUGUGGUUUGCCAACGAAUGAAAUGUCAGAGCGAUCAUGUUCCAAGCCUGUCAGAAGAAACCAAGUAUUCCUUGCUAGGGAAGAUCAGUGAGACUCUGGGACACCCAUCUCAUCCUAAGGUUGAUACAUUGAGGGCAGAUUUCCAAAAACUGAGCAGUACAGCACCAUCUCCAGUGCGUCGGCAGCCUUCAAGAAAGCCAAUUCUUCCCCUGGCUAAACAACAGGAUAGUGGCUUUGACAGCCCAUUUGUCAAUCUAGAUUAAUCAUUGUACAGUAUUUAAGAACCACUAACAUUGACAAAAUUGGAAGGACAGACUAUCUUACAGAAAAACUCUGGAUUUCUGCCUAUUGUGAUGUAUUAGUAAUGUGUUACGAGUAAAGCAUUUUCAUAAAAUUAUUUGGGAUAUUUAUGUUGCCUUGAUCCUCCAAAGGCCCAAUGGUAUUUGUAUAAUGUGCUUCUGUGUGGUGCUUAGGGUUGCUAAACCAUAUAUUUUUAUACUUCUAAAUUGACUCACUCUGUAGUGUUAAAUUAUUUAAAUAAACUUGCAUAUGGUCUGUA